UUUCUCAAAUACAAUGCUUGGCUGAUUGGCAUCGCCGCAAGCACGCUUUUUCUGAUAAUCCUCAUUUUCAUUCUUGGCCUGGCCAUCUUAUCCAACAACGAGGCUUUCCGACGUUUUCGGCGCUCAAAUCUGACGCUUUUUCGACAACGCCUCUUCCUCUUUCGCACCGAAGACGUGCCCAUUUUGAAUAUCUUUUCACGGUGAGUCACACUAAUUUAUCUCCUCCGGCACCCUUUCCCUGCUUUCGUGGAAAUGUUGCACAACUCUCCAUUCAAAUAUGUGGCGCUCUAUAA